UGUUGCUUCCGCAUUGGUUUUUGGGUUUGUGUAGAUAAUUACUGAGGAGAGCCAUUCGUGUCGACUGGCCAGAGUCCACGAAUACAUUACUGGAAUAUCCAUUAGCAUCAAUUUGGCCGAAAACUUGUGACAAUGCCAGAGACAUUCAGUUUUGGUAUAGAUCCAGUCACUACUCAUGCCUGGAACAGCAAUCACACAGAGGUUGCAGUUUCCCUCAACAACCAUGAGGUGAAAGUGUUUAAGAAGACUGGCAUCACAUACAAUAACACGGCCACCCUGAAAGAACAUGGACAGCGAGUAACUAGUAUUGACUGGGCACCUAAAAGUAACAGCAUAGUCACAUGUGGUGCGGACAGGAAUGCCUAUGUGUGGACUCUUCAAGAUGAUGGUCAAUGGAAACCAGUCCUUGUGAUCUUACGAAUCAACCGUGCAGCGACCUGCGUGCGCUGGUCACCAGAUGAGAACAAAUUUGCAGUUGGGAGUGGUGCUCGUAUCAUCUCAAUUUGCUACUUUGAAGAAGACAAUAAGUGGUGGGUCAGCAAGCAUAUCAAGAAGCCGAUUCGAUCAACUGUAACUUGCAUUGACUGGCAUCCUAACAACAUUUUGUUAGCAGCAGGCUCCACAGAUUUUAAGGCAAGAGUUUUCUCCGGUUACAUAAAGGACAUAGAGAAGAAACCUUCUGCCACUACCUGGGGAUCCAAGAUGACACUUGGAAAUCUCAUGUGUGAAUACUCUAAUGGUGGAGGUGGAUGGGUACACAGUGUGUCAUUUUCCCCUAGCGGAGAAAAGCUGGCCUGGGUAGGACAUGAUGCUAGCGUGUCCGUAGCUAUGGCAGGUAGUGGUGACGCCAUCGCUGUUGUCAAAGGAAACUUCCUGCCCUUCAUGAGUUUGACCUGGGUGACUGAGAACAGCAUGGUCUGUGUGGGUUACGACUGCUGCCCAAAGCUGUUCACUCACAGCGACGAUGGACAAGUAACAUUCAUCAGUGAUCUAGACAUUCCACAGGAGAAGGACCAAAUGACAAUGAGUGCUAUGAAUCGAUUCCGUCAGAUGGACAAGACAGGAACAGCAGAGAGUACCGGGGAAGUGAAAACUAAGCAUCAAAACACCAUAACCAAAGUGUCUGUGUAUGCUGGGACAAAGGCUGACUGUACAAAAUUCUCUACCUCUGGAGCAGAUGGCCAGCUUAUCAUUUGGGACUUUAAAUCCCUGGAAAAGAGUAUUUCUGGUCUCAAGAUAGCCUAGACAUCUUCAUACCACAAGUCUUUCACAAGAAUGUGUACCGCUGUAAUAUCGCCCAUCUCCAGCAGUAUAUCAACAGAUGGGCGCCUGUAAUAAACAUUAUCUAUAGUUAAGGGAACACCAGUAAAUACUGGGGACAGUCAGACCUAUGCAAUACUGCAACCUUCCAUCAACUCCUGUAGACAUUACACCGAGCAGUGUAAACAGCAAGAUUUCCACUGCAUUGUCAACAAUUAUCCCUGUGUCAUAUAAGUGUAACUGAAACAUAUUUACAAUGUAAUACUGUAAGGUCAGCACUCAGUCUUCUGUAUGUAUCAGUCUGCUAGAUAUUACGAGACUCAUAUUUAUUGUAUUAACAAAUUAUUUCUAAUAACAAAUAAAACCAUUCUUUUGGAUUCUUCUGA